AUGUCCCACAUCUAUUUAAACUCAACCAUGCUCCAACAGUUGAACCACACGGUUCAAGAGUACGUGUCAGAUUGGAUGAGAUCUCAAACGCUUCAUUUUAACAACACUAAGCUUGUUACCGAUUCCACGACUAUGAAAACCAAUUCAACUACUUUUCUCAUCACUAUUGUUGCUGCAUAUAUACUGUAUCGCUGGCUUUUCCCCGCAAUGCAAACACCAACGUCUAAACCUGUGAAGUUCGAGAUUCCACUGCCAGAAGCAGCCCAAAAACACUGGAAGGGAAAAAGAAUGCAUUCAGUGUCUGGCAACUCUACCAAUGGCUCCUCAGAUGACUCUCAGCGGAUUCCAUGUCAUUGUCCCGCAACUGGACAGGUUUUGGGCUCUUUUUCUUCGAUGACAGAGAAAGAUAUCGACGUAUUGGUAUCCAAAGCUGCCCAGGCUCAAAAAGAAUGGCGCAAAACGUCUUUCGAAGAACGUAUCCAAUUUUUGGUAUCUUUACAAGACUAUAUUUUAGCCAACCAAGACGCUAUCGCCCGUGUUGCGUGCAGGGAUUCUGGAAAAACGAUGCUGGACGCAUCGAUGGGUGAAAUUUUGGUUACUCUGGAAAAAGUUCAAUGGAUUAUACAACACGGAAAAAAAGCUUUGCAACCUUCCAAACGCCCAGGUCCUACCAACUUCUUCAUGAAAUGGUACAAAGGGGCCGAGGUGAGAUACGAACCUUUGGGAGUUGUUGGGGCACUAGUUUCGUGGAACUAUCCCUUCCAUAAUUUACUUGGCCCUAUAAUUGCAGCUGUUUUCGCAGGUAACGCAAUAGUCGUUAAGUGCUCUGAGCAAGUGGUAUGGUCCUCAGAGUAUUUCGUCAGCAUUUGUAAAAAAUGCUUAGAAUCUUGCGGCCAAAAUCCAGAUCUAGUACAACUAUGCUACAGUAAUCCACCAACCGCAACUGACAAUACUGCUAACCAUUUUUCGUCUCAUCCGCAGCUCAAACACUUGACAUUUAUUGGUAGUCAACCAGUGGCGCAUCAUGUUCUUGCAGAAGCUUCCAAAAGCCUCACGCCAGUCUGUGUCGAGCUUGGGGGUAAGGACGCUUUCAUUUGUUUAGACUCUGUCAAAGACUUAAAUGCGUUAUCAUCGAUCAUCAUGCGUGGUACGUUUCAAUCCUCUGGGCAAAACUGUAUUGGUAUUGAGAGAGUAAUCGUAAGUGCCAAAAAUUACGACAAAAUGGUAUCUAUAUUAGAGAAGAGGAUUAGCAAACUCAGAUUAGGCUCAGAUAUUGACAAUUUGGAAGAUGUGGAUAUGGGAGCCAUGAUAUCAGACAAUAGGUUUUCACAAAUAGAGGCCUUGAUCGAAAAUGCCGUAAAGCAAGGUGCAAGAUUGCUACACGGAGGGACACGCUAUAAGCAUCCUAAUUACCCACAGGGACACUAUUUCCAGCCCACUCUACUAGUCGACGUAACUCCUGAGAUGGAUAUUGCUCAAAAUGAGGUAUUUGGGCCAGUGCUAACCAUGAUGCGUGGGCAAAACACCGAGGACUGUAUUCGCUUGGCCAACUCCGCUCCCUUUGGACUUGGUGGAUCUGUUUUUGGAAACGACUACACGGAAUGCAAUUAUGUUGCUGACCAACUACACAGUGGUAAUGUUGCCAUCAAUGAUUUUGCCACUUUUUACGUCUGUCAACUCCCUUUUGGCGGUAUCAACGGCUCUGGAUAUGGUAAGUUUGGUGGUGAAGAAGGUCUAACGGGUCUUUGUAAUGCGAAGAGUGUUUGUUACGACAAACUGCCUUUUAUUUCAACUCAAAUUCCGAAACCCUUGGACUACCCGAUCAGGAGCAACCGUGCAGCGUGGAAAUUUGUCAAGAACUUCAACACAGGCUCUUAUACUCGAUCUCUAUGGGUAAGGAUCAGAUCUUUACUAUCUCUGGCCAAAAAUGCCAACUAA